AUGGGUAAAAUAACAAAAACAAAAAAAACAUUACACCAAUAUUUCACUAAAAAAUCGACAUCUCCUGGCAAAGAUGAAACAAAUGAUACAAUCGUCAGCAAUGAUGUACAAUCAGAAACAUUCAUUGAACAAUCCUGUCCUGAUGAUCUAUUACAUGCAAGUUCCUCAACUUCAGUUACAAUAACAGCUAUAGAAUCUACUGAGCAAAGUGAUACCUCUGUGGUAUUGGAUACAAAUUUAUAUGAUCGUGAUCCUGCCAAAGGUGUUAAUAUUGCAUAUAAAUUGUUAAGUUUGAAUACGGGACCAUACCAGCCAAUAAAUAUUGAAUUUUUAUCUCAUAAUGGUAGAAAAUUUCUCCAAAGGUGGUACAACAUUUAUAAUUGGUUAGAGUACAGUCCUUCUACUCAUUCUGCUUACUGCUUUAACUGUCGUGCUUUUCCUCCAAAUAAUUCUGAUUCAAGUUUUAUUGAUGGAGGCUUUUGCACUUGGUCUAAAGCCACAUUUGCAUUUAACAAACAUGAAAAAAGUUUAUCUCAUAAACAUUCAACUUUAAAAGUAAAUAGCUACAAGGCAUCAUUUAUCAGUGGUAGUGUAGCUGAUAAAGUUGAUAAUCACCACCAACAUGAACUAGCAGAAAAUAGAAUGUACUUAUCAAAUCUUCUUGACAGUCUACUAUUUUGUGGAAGACAAGGGAUUGGUAUUAGAGGUCAUCGUGAGGAUGAAUCAUCAUUAAAUAAGGGCAAUUAUUUAGAAUUAUUAAACUUGAGAGCUAAAGAUAAUACCAUUAUAAAUCGUUUCUUUAUUGAAAAAGAGAAAACUUUUCGUUAUGUUAGUGUUCCUUACACCAAUAUGUUUCUCAAUUAUAUGGGAAAAAAUAUCAAGGACUCUAUUAUUAAUGAUAUUCAACAAGCCAUUAUUUUUAGCAUAAUUGUAGAUGAAACGCAAGAUCUUGCUAGACACGAACAAGUGUCAGUAUGUGUAAGAUAUGUUUCGAAAACAUUGGAACCUCAUGAAGUAUUUUUAGGAUUUUAUCGAACAGCAUCAACAGAUGGAGAGUCAUUAACUACUUUAAUAAAAGAAGUAAUCUUAUCAAAUGGUUUGAGUAUUAACAACAUAAGAGGCCAAUGUUAUGAUGGCGCUGCAUCAAUGCGUGGCUCUUACAGUGGGGUCCAGGCAAGAAUUCGUGAUGAAAAUAAACUAGCUGUAUACGUUCAUUGUUACGCUCAUAUUCUUAACCUAUGUCUUGUAGAUCUUUCUAAAGUAAUACCUCAUGUGAGAAACACAUUUGGUACUCUUCAAUCAUUGUAUUCAUUUAUAGGUGCUUCAUCAAAACGAUACAGUAUUUUUGAACAAAUAAUGUUAGAAACAUCUUCUAAUGGAAAAAAUAAAUUAAAAUCCUUAAGUGACACACGGUGGAAUUUCCGCAUAGAAUCAAUAAAAGCAGUUAUUAAAACAUUGCCAGUUAUACUAAAAACAUUAGAAACAAUUUCAGAAAAUGACUCUUUACAUGGAUCAGAUGCUAUCAAUAUUAUGUCACAGAAAAUUAUUGAUGAAUUAAAUGAGUAUCGCUCUGAAAAUGCAUUUAAUGAAAUUUGGAAGGUCACGCAAGAGAUAGUCAAUAGUUAUGAUUUCCUAUCACCUAAGAUGCCUCGCAAAAGAAGUUUACCAGUUAAAAAAAUUGGUGGUGGUUCAAUUCAUCCAGAGUUUACAGAUGUCAAGGAUUUUUAUAGAAUAGAAAUGUAUUAUUUAAUUCUUGACACAAUCACACAAGCAAUAAAAGACAAGUUUAAUGAAAAUGAUUUAAAGAUUUUAAACUCAAUAAACAACAUUUUAGUUAAUGAGAAUCCUGAUUUAUCUGAUAUUCAGGAAGUUAGUGCAGUAUAUAGAUUUGAUGUAAAUGAAUUGAAGUCUGAAAUAAUUAUUUUCAAUAGAAUGUUUAUCAGUUUGAAAAAAGAAGUUAACUUUGAAAAUAAAUUAGCAUAUAUAAAAAAAGUUGAAGUUGGGAGUGGUUUCCCUAUAUUAGUAGAUGUAUUUAAAUUAUUUUUGACUAUACCAAUGAACAGUGCAUCGUGCGAAAGAAGCUUUUCGUGCUUAAGAAGAUUAAAAAAUUACUUAAGAAUAACCAUGGGCCAAACAAGAUUAAGUGACUUAGGUUUAUUGUAUAUACAUAAAGAUAAAGAAGUAAAUAAAGAUGCAGUUAUCGACAAAUUUUGUGCUGACAACAAACGUCGAAUUAAUUUAAAAUAA